UAAUCCACUCUAAACCAUCAUCUUCCAUCCUUUUCUCUUCCACCUUAAUCCAAACGUAACCAAAACCCUCUAUGGCAAUUCAAGCAACUUCUUCAAUGCCUCCUUCGUCAUCGGUGACCGUACAACGGUCACCAUGGCACUCACCUGUCCCGUACCUAUUCGGAGGCCUUGCGGCCAUGUUGGGCCUCAUUGCUUUUGCUCUCUUGAUUCUCGCUUGCUCGUAUUGGAAGUUAUCCGCGGACCGGGAAGGGGACCUUGAGUCCGGAAACGGUUCCCAAGAUGGAGAAUCCAAACAGGGUGAUCACAGAGAGACCCCUGUUUUCGAAGAGAAGUAUCUUGUGAUAAUGGCGGGAGACGCAAAACCGACGUUUUUGGCCACGCCAGCUUCAAGCCGAACGUCGUCGUUUGGUAGUUGUAGUUGUAGAAGCGACUCUACCGUGUCGACGGACGCAUCCUCCUUGACGGAUGAGGAAAAACAAGUGAGGAGUACACAAAACGAUGAGACUCCACAACACCAACCUUAGUGUUAUUUUUUUAAAUAAAUUUUGUGUUUUUUUUUCCGUUGAGGAUUGCGGACUCAUAGUACAUAGCGUACGGACGUUGGUAGAUGAUCAUAGAGUACCAUGUUGUCAAUGAUUUUGAUUUUUGAGGAAAUGAAACUAUUCCAUUUUUCCGCAUAUAA